UCCCAUUAGAUAAAUACAAGUCAAAAUCGGAAAUUGGGUGUCGAGCAAAAAUGGAAGACAGCAACGCCAACAACAACAACGCCAUAAUCUCUCGUGAGACCAUUGACCAGGUCGCCGGCUGGGUCAGCGCCACCGUCUCCUCCGCCUUCUUCUCCUCCCUCGAGCGCUUCUCCUGCGUCAACGUCGCCACCGUGGACGCCGACGACGACGACGACGACGAGGCCGAUCACCGCCCUCUCUCUCUCACCAAUCUCGCCCACCCCGAUCAGCAACAAAGUCACCACCCCAACGACGUCGCUCAGCUCCCCGUCUGAUCCGGUUUGAUCUCCGCCUUUUUUCUCUUUUGUAACAAGCGGCUUCUGCCGAAAGCAGCUUCUGCUUUUUGAAUUUGAAUUGCGGAAUGUAUAUGAACUGUGUUUAAUGAUCAAGUUUAUCUAAUUCUGAUUCUCGAUUCGUUGAGAAAUUGAACUUAA